ACUAUUCUCGUGAUCCGAAACUAACCGAGAUUUUCCGAAUGUCAUUACGCAGGAAUAAACUGGAUCCGCUGCUGGUACGCGCCGCAAACUUAGCGCUUUAAACAGUAGUUUUAGUAGACAGGAGCCCAGUCGAAACGCAGGACCAGCAUGGCUUCUCUCAGCGAGGAACUUGCAAAACUAGCAAACCCAACACCAGUAUUCAAAGAUCCUGAGGACGACAUAGAUGACGAAACUGCUGCAAAGAUUGUCGAAAAAGAUUAUGAUGAUGACUUUGAUGAUGAUGACAACCAGUUUAGCCAGCUCCGCAGACAAACAGCAGCUGGACUAGCUGAUUCUGAUAACAGAUAUGCAGGGACAAAAGUGACACGGAAAGCUCUGAAGAAAAUAUCCAAUGAUGAUGACUCAGAUGAUGAAAUCGAUCAAUCUGCAAUUGAUGCACUGGAAAAAUCCUUGAGGGGAGGAGAUGAAAGCAUGGAUGAUGAAGAUGAGGGUGAUAAUGAAGAUGAAGACGACGACGACAUCGAUGAUGAUGAAGAUGACAACGAUGAUGAUGAAGAUGACAACGAUGAUGAUGAUGAUGAUGAUGCAAUUGAUGAUUCAGAUUUACAAAAGUUUAGGUCAAAAUUGAGCACUGAAAAGAAUGAAUUUAGUUUUGAGGAUGAUGGAGACUACAGCAAAUAUGCAGAUGAUGAUGAUGAUGAUGAUGGUGGCAGUGAGGAAGAUGAUGAUGAUGAUGAUGAAGAUGAUGAUGAAGAUGACAAGAAGGAGAAAGAUACUGAAGAGUCUGAAAUAGAAGAUGAUGAGGAGGAACAAGAGGAUGGAGGGAUUGAGAGUUUCUCCCGGACCAACCAGAGUGAGGAGAUUCAGAAGGGGAAAGCAGCCCAGUCUCAGCUAGGACUCUGGGACAACCUUUUGGAGGAGAGGAUUAAAGUACAGAAAGUAGCAUCUGUCAUCAACCAGCUGCCUCAGCCUGCCACCUGGGAUCUGUUUGUGGAACAAGGGGGAGAUAACUACAUGCAGGCUGUCACUGAAGCCCAGUCGGUGCUGAAGAAGCUGCUGGAAGACCUGCUCCGAGUCCAGACUCUGCUACUGCUCCAGAACCAAGAGACGAGGCACGUGGUGGACGGUUCCGACCCCAAGCUGGACAAAGGAAGUAAACCUGGCUCUGAUGAUGAAGAAAUCACCAGCGAAUCUGAAACAGAAAUCACCAGCGAAUCUGAAACAGAGUCUACCCCUGUGGUCAAGAAACCUCCGAGACAGCAGACGGACACACAGGGUUUGAAAAGGAAGUUCAAGAUGUCAGACUACCCUGACUUUCUGUCAAAGAGGCACAAAGGAUUUGCAACUUACAGAAACGAGACGCUGCACAAGUGGAAUGACAAGACGCGGCUUGCAUCAGGGAAGAUCAAGGGGAAGUCAUUCAGCGCCCUGGAGCAGUCUGCACUCAAACAGAUCGAACAGAUUAUGCGAGACAAGGACCGACUCAUCCGACGUACACAGCUGAAGAGAAGUGGACAGAGGAUCCUGGGUGUGGAGGAGAAGGUGGAGGAGGAGAACCAGAGGCACGCCGAGGACAACCAGGAGGCAGCAGUGUCAGCAUCUCCUGGGGACGACUACGACGGCGAGGUGUUUGACGACAGCGACUUCUACCACCAGCUGCUGCGUGAGCUGAUUGAGAGGAAGACGAGUGAACUCAAUGAUCCAGUCGCAAUCAGCAGACAGUGGCUAGAGAUUGAGAAGUUACGCACGAAGGUAAAGAAGAAGAAGGUGGACACACGGGCCAGCAAGGGGAGGAAGAUCAGGUAUGACGUCCAUGCAAAGCUGGUCAACUUCAUGGCCCCGAUUGACAACUCCACAUGGUCAGAUGAAGCACGGAAUGACUUGUUCAAGUCUCUGUUUGGUAAGACAGUCAAAAUCUGACCAGACUGACCACACAAGGUGAGCAGAGGGAUGAGGUCCACCAUCUUGUACAAGAUUCCGCAUCAGUCUGGAAGUACCGGAGGAACUUGCUCCAUCUUGUGGAUACACUAGAUCAACAAAAUAUUUAAUCCGAAAAAAGAGAGGUUGUGUGUUUAUAGCUUUCAGGAUGUGAAAUUGUACAGAGAAAUCUAUGGCAUUCACUGUAGCAGUGGCCAUCUUGAUCAAAUACCAUGAUGACAUGGGAGUGUAUGCACCAAGCUGAUGAAGUAAGUUAACUGUUACUUUGUGAGUCUCAAGCGGGAAUAACAGGGUGUAUGGGAAGUUACAAGCUAAAUGGUUGAAUCGUUUACAUCCCGCUGAUGAUACAUGUUUUGUAAUGAUUUAUCACUAUGAAUUCAGAAGCUUCAGAAACUUGUUUUAUGUGAAUUUGUUUUUGUUACAAUAUCACAUCUAUGUUGCGUCAGCCUCUUAUAGAGGUGGGGGGAUGGGGGGAU